AUGCAUGCCGGGUCGGCAUUUACCUUCAGCGACAUCCACCACUACAUCCAGUCGUCCCGGUCGUCCAUGCAACGGAUGUCCCAGCCACAGCCCGCAGGACCAGCCGCCGCCAACCGACUCGACGCGCCAUGGUCGUUUCUCACCUACGACCCAGCAAUGCCUGUAGAGCAGCUACUCCAGCGAGGCGCCCAUCUUGUCCAGUAUGUGAGCCAGGAGUGCCAUCGUGGAAUGCUAGCUGCGUCGUCCCCCGGUCGCGCCGUCAAAGACUCGGAUCGAAAUCUCUUGCAUGUCCAUGCGACAGCUGACCUGCCCGGUGUGUCCACAUGGAGAGUGCUGCGGACGCUUGCCGGACCAAGCGGGACUUCAUUCGACGACUUUUUGGACAGACUCCUCGGCGACAAACUCGAAGGCGUAACACUCCAUCGCAAUGCGUGCGCAGACACCUAUGGCCGGCCGUGGGCCGAUUCAUCUCGCGUACCGCCGCGGAUGGUGUCGGUGGGCAGUCUCUACUACGACGACUCGUCGCUCUUCAAGCACGCGACCAAGGAGCUCGUCUACCUGGACUACAUGCACAUCCACUCGGACGAGCGGACGAUCACGCGAGUGUUCAAAUCGGUCGACUGCGACCCCCUGGCCCCGAAGAAGCACGUCGAGCGGCACAAGCACAUUUUGUUUGGGUAUUCCAUCGAAGACAUCACGCGCCGUCCGUGUGGUGGCGACGCCGACGACGAAGACAGCUGCACUACCCGCGUGACGUUCUACGGCGACUACGCGAUGGCGCUGUCCGAGCCAGGGCGGGUAAUUCGUGAUGCGAAGCACUUUCUCGAGAAACUAGCCACGUCCAUCCAAUUGCUUGAACGCAUCCUGGCCGUUCAUUUGCCCAAGCUGUCGGCCCAUUCAACCAACACGCACGUUCGCUCGUGCCACACUUGCCUCCAGACGUUUUCGCGCAUUCGCAGCCCCACGACGUGCGUUGGAUGCACCAUGUGCUUUUGCGUCGACUGUCUGUCGCCCCAUGAAGUUGCGGACACCCCCAGCACGUCAUCGUCGUCCAGCGGCAGCCGGCGGUCUACUUGGAGGACGUGCCAUGCCUGCUACGCCAGCUCGAACCCGCGCCGCCGCUUUAGCCAGUCCAGUCUUCGCGACGCCAUGUCGUUUGCCACUUCGUCGACUCCUACGCACCACAACGACACCAUCGUGGCUACACCCAGGACAAGCCUCACGACUUCUCGAACCAAACCGACGUUGCAAGCCCCCUGCGCACAGUGCACCGUCCGACCGGCGACCCUGGCAUGUCGACUGUGUCGUGAUCUGUGCUGCCAGCCGUGUUGCCGAGUCGAGCGGUUUGUUGAUCCGCAUGGCGACGUGUCAUUUGACGUGUGGACUUGCACCAACUGCAUCGCCCAGACCACUGCCGAGACGUCGCCGCCCCAGGCCAAAUCCCAGCCGGUGGCAACCCCCAUCAAGACACCUCCUCCCCAUCCGUCCACCCAAGCCAAGAAUGAAAUUGCGUCGUCGCGCGGACCGUCCGAUUUCAUCGACCCUCGGCCCCACACCCUACUGUUCAAUUACCUCGUUCGGAUUUCCGAAGGCAACGAGUCCGACAACCUCAGCUCCAGUCCGCUCGAACUCGGCCCCUGCGAACCAUCCCCACCACAAAGCAGCUCGUCCCCAGAUGCGCCACCGUCUGCAGAUGCUCUGCCAGCGUCGAUGAGCUCUCCCCCGCCACAGUCCCUUUCCAACGCUCCCCUUUCGGACCAGACAAAGCCGCACGACCCCCCCAUGUCGCCCGCUCACCUUGAUCAUAUUCGGACGGCCGCUGUCCUCGACCUCGACACGAACGACGACCUGGACGCACUCUGCCUCCAAACUGCAACUCGCAUGGAGUGCACGUAUGCGUUCGUCAAUUUGAUUUACAAAGGCGCGUACAUGCUCAAAGGCGUGGCGGCCAUCGGCGCCGCGAUGCCAACGUCGAUUCCGCGGGACUGCGCGCUGUCGUCGCACAGCAGCUCGUUGCCGCUCCUGGUACCGGACGCUGAAAUGGACGCACGGUUCGCGAUGUCGCCGCUUGUCACGGGAAAAGAGCACAUUCGGUUCUACUACGGCCUCCCCCUAGUCACAACGACCGGCGCUCUUCUUGGCACCGUGGCCGUCGCGGACAACCACCCGCGCGUUCGAGUGUCGGCUAGUCAGCGCGACGACCUGGUCGAGUUUGCAUCCCAAACGGCAACCUUGAUUGCGACUCGCCUCAACCUCCAGUAGCACCCCAUGCCACUACCCCCCAGCCCCCAUGCAUUGCAAGACAUAAACGAGUGCAGCUCGUCGCCAGCCUCUCCCCUGUGACGUCGCCCCGCUCUUCGCGUAACUUAAAAAUGAAAUUGAC